AUGAAUAAAGCGUUAAACGAACUUGAGCCGACGACGAGCACCUUCUCACCACCUGGCAUUGACAAUAGUGAUGCAGACGUGCAUGACGGAUACGAUGCCGAGUUUUAUGAACAACUAGAAGGAAUUUCCCUCAACGCCUCUGAAGAAGCAACCGGGGAAGAAUUAAAUGCGAAUGAAUUACACGACGUCGAGUACUCUUCGGGAGAGGAGGACAAUACACAGGGAAACGAUUACACUAAUUUGGAUGGUGAUUUCAAAUUAAACACAUAUGGCUCACCAAAUUUUGAUCCGACUAGCAAAUUCGAUAUCACAGAACUUAGGGGGUCGAGUCGACAAGAGUUUCUGGAUAUUGUUGGGGAAGCGAGUGUGUUUGACGAUGAUGAUCUUUCUUUAAAUUAUUUGCGAAGUACUAAAAAACGACAUUUACCCGUCGUAAUGCAUUCAGAGCAUCGAAAAAUUUAUCCAUCACCGAGACAAGAUGAAUUACAAACGGAAAAAACGUGCCAACGAGAAGUUUCCAAUAAGAUCGUUCAGAAACAAUUAAAGGAUAUUCCACAAUACAAUAUACAAUUUUAUCAAGGAAAAGGAAAUCAACUGCAUGAAGAACAGAUGGAUCGCGAGGAAGAGGAUGAAUUACAAGAACGUCAGUUUCAAAUGAUGAGACAACGCCAAAAAGAACUUUCGCUUUUGGAAAAUGCGCGUCAGGAACAACAAAAGAAACAGAUUUUCCUUCAGGAACAACAUUUACAACCAACUUCACUCAAAAAUUCAAAUGGUUCAUCUAAACCUCGAGUUGUGCUUACAGACGAACAAGUCACACCAUCGAUUUCAAUGAAAUCAUUCCAAUUACCAAAUGUUUCUUUAUCAAUUGGAGAUAAUCGGCAAUAUAGACGUAUGAGUAACCUUGGUGGGACUAGUACUCAAGGACCACUUUCUGCCUUGAGGACACUCACUGACAAUUAUAAGAAACUUGAGAUUGAUAAAAAUAAUGCGGAUCAACGUAUUAAUCAAUUGGAGAAGGAAAUAGAACAAUAUCGUCAACUCCUGCAAAAAGAACAAAUCAAGACACGAUCUUUAGAGGCCGAUAGCCGUGCGAACAAAGUGAAAGAAAAGGAUGACGAGAAUCAUGUCGACAAAGAAAAACUCGAAAAUCGUGUGAACUCUCUGCAUAAAAAAUACGAAGCUUUAAAGAGACAGUUGGAAUAUUCAAGGCAAUAUACUCUUAGGGCAGAAGAGGAGCGUGAUGAAGCAAAGAAAGCUUUGAUAAUUGCAAAACAAGAAAUUGCUAUCAUAAACAAAGAAUAUGAAGAUCUUAAGGCAGCAGCACAAAAUCAGAGAACUAGACCUCGGGGCACAUCCUCUCCUAGAUCAAUAGCGACGAAAUUGUCUUUAACGCCGCAACCGCAACAAAAUGAGACCAUUAGGACCUUGAAGAAUGAAAGUCGAAAAAACGCAAUUUCUAGUAAAGAACGGUACGAUAACUUGCGGAAUAGUUCACAUGGUUCUAGUUCAGUGAGCGAUAGACACCAAAUUUAUUAUGAUCCAGAACAAACCAACGAUGAUCACGAAAAAAGACGUUUAAAGAAAAAUUUUUAUCAAGAGAGGAUUAGAUAUUCGAAUUCAAUAGAAGAAAACGGAAAUGUUGCUCCCCAAGUGUUUCAGCGACCAGAUAGUAGUAGGGGAUUUGAAAAUCGGUAUAUUGAUCCUAAAGAUUGUGAGCAAAUCAAAGAUCCAUGCGAAGAGCCUCAGCGAGAAACUGAGUUGUCGUCAGGAAACAACAAAGAAUUUAAUAAUAUGCGGGAUAAUUCACGUUGUUCAAGUCAAGAGUGUGAUCAACAGGUUAAGACCACUAACAAAUACCAAGAAACGAGGGAUGAACACUCUUUUGUCAAUACAGGGAACAAAAGGAAGCAUUCAAGAUAUGAACGAAAAGAUCGAUAUUCAAAUGAUCCUUCUGAUGACUCUGACGAUCGAAUAGAGGAACGCAAACAUAAUGAUCAUUUCGGAAGACAAAAUAGACAGGAACAACCUAUAUGGAGGGAUGUAAAAAACGGAAAAUCUUAUCUUAAAAAAAGGUUUCGUGAUGUUACCGAAACACGUCUAUGGAAUGCCAAAGGAUCAGGCGACCAUCGUGAAGUUCCAUUUAUUGGUACUGGAAAAUCAGAUUCUGUCACUAUUGAUUUGCAACAAGCUUUCGCUAUGGCGAAACAUCAUGAUACGAAUUCAUGCUCUACAACUGAUUGCAUUAAUUGGUUCACUUCUCUCCUCUUUUUAUUGGCGAUUGGCGCAAAUACUCGACAUCAUCAUACCGAAGAACUUGGUUUAAACCACGAUACACCUGACAUAGCAUUAACGAAGGUUAUAUGCAAUUUAACCGAUGAAUUAGCUCAUUUGAAAAUAUAUUACAGUAAUCUAGUUGAUGAGUACCAAGCCAUUGAUCCUGUGGAUAGCAAAUCCAUAAGAACCGCCUUAGCCGAAGAAAUGAAAGGUGUGAUGGAUGAUAUGGAAAUGAAGGGAGAUCAAAUUGCAAUGCUAUAUGAUGUACACAAAAAGACGAUUAAGUUGUCAUCGCGAGCAAGUGAAACAGCUCAACGAACCAACUCACGCCAAUCUAACAAUAGGUACAACAAAGAUAAUACGGCGGAGUUCUCAAGAAAUAAAAAAAUAACGCAAAGUAGAAAUUCAUUGAGAGGAUCUCAAAAAAUACAGGAAAUAUCUAGACAUGAAAUUGUAACGAAUGGCGAAAUUGCCAUUAUGAAAUAUAC